AUGCUGCCGUUUCCUGUUUUUGUCCUCUUUCUCGGGUUGGGUUGCGCCACGGCCGCGCCUUCCCUGAAAUACAUCACCCACCAUGACCUUUCUCUAGUUUGGCAAGAUACCGGCAGCGGCGCCGACCACGACGGUUCAUACUGGACGCCGGUGAAUCUCCCUCCUGGAUACUAUUACCUCGGUCAUCUGGCCAAAUCAGGACACUCCCUCCAGCGGGACGCUGAUUACGUGACCCUCGUCAAACCGCUGACGGAGGACGCCGUACACCCACCCAUCGCUCUGGAAUGGGUUUAUGACGAUUCAAAAACCGGGGCGGAAUGGCCGCUGACCAUCUUCAACCCGGUGCCUCCGCGCGGCUACACUUGUCUGGGACACGUGGCGCUGCGAGCACGGCGGGUGGUGUCCGUCGACCAGUUUGCGGGAUUGGUGUGCGUCAAGACGGAACUGGUGGUCGGCGGGGUGGCAGGGGUGGAGACGUGGAAUGACCGGAAAUCCGGGGGGCAGUAUGAUUAUUCCUCGUGGACCAUAGUCCCGGCGUCCAGCUCCGACGGGAUGGGCGUCCAUAAUUUCGUGGGGCACCAGUCGUACGGCAUCCCGGGCGGAUUAUCAGCACAGUUUGUGCUAAGACGGUCGGCCGUGGAGUCGGGUGUGACGCCGAUCCCGCGGGAGGAUAUCCCAGGGUUGAUUACGCAACAUGCUCCCAAUGUGCUGUUUCAUCCCGAGGACCAAUACAUGCCGGACAGCGCCGAGCACGUCUUCAACAAUUCAUUGUUUCGAUUUGGUGUUGUCAAUAACGAGGGUAGUUACGAUGAUUUCAGCUUGGCGGACGCCGGGGAAAUCCCGGUCAGUGUCGUCCGACAGACACUGCAGGGAAAACUCAACCAGGCGACAGUCAAGCAGUACCUUAUCGAUCACAACCACAUCAGCGGGGAUAUUGGACAGCGCGUAUGGCUCCGCAUUCCGGAGACUCUGUGGCCCGGCAACCUCCCGCGGACCCGGGCGUACGUUCGGGUGGUCGGGGACGCCAGCCGACCGUUCACCGACAUCGUCUUCUACUUUUUCUACCCGUUUAACGGGCCCGGGAAGUUCGAGUACGGCUGCGGACUCAUCGAGCAACAAGGCCAGAUGACCCGCGCCGGGCGCCAUCAAGGUGACUUCGAAGCGUACACCCUCCGGUUAUUUAACGGGUCCGCCGACACCCCUCCGACCCCGGUAGCCGUGUACCUCUCGGUGCACAACGGCGGCUAUUGGACCAACUACGACCAGCUGGUUCGGGUGGACAAUCACCCGGUGGUCUUUUCAGCCAAGGACUCCCAUGCCAUGUAUCCGGGGGAGGGUGUCCAGGGAUACUGUCGGCCGCGGGCCAUCUUCGUCGGGUUCUGUACAUUCUAUGUGGAACUACAGGAUUAUUGUGGGCGCGGGACGAUGCUCCGGGUGGCCGAGCAGUAUCAGUUGGUGGACGAACGAACGGCGGCGACUGGGUGGAUGACCUUUGAUGGGCGGUGGGGAGAUUAUGAGCGGGUGCAUGAGUACUACCCGAUGAGGGUGAGUUCGUACAAGGCUGUGGAGAGCGGACCGAGUGCACCGGCGUUCAAGACGAGUUGGAGUACGCCGGAGCUGAAUGAUCAAGUUACUUGUGAUUAA